AUGACCUAUGUCCGUAUCCGUGGUCAUGAGAACUACGUAAAAGACCCCAACGCUGGCCCCCGGACCGUGAGAGAAGAAGACGACGAGGCCGAAGAAAAUCAUGAUCUACGAGAAGAGGAAGAGGAAGAGGAAGAUGAUUGUUGGCUGUAUGACCCCAAAGUUAUCCAGCCGGUCGAUAUUGAUUGGACUGAAAAUUGUCGCGUGCUUGGGAUUAACGCCCACUGCACUCGUUUGAGCAAGGCCUUCAUAUCCGGGCAGGGAUGCUAUGAUGACCUUGGAGUCAUGACUUGUGACCAGGGUGAUGAUCCCAAUUGUGAAGACGUCGAGGUCGAGGCAAUGCCCUGCUAUUUUGACUACAACGACAAUGAAGACCCCGUUUUCCCUUUCCACAUGGACUGUUUUAAGCUCCUGUCCCGAUACCUGACAGGCUCAGACGACAUUGGUCUCAUCAACAAGGACGUGAUGUAUGCCGUCGUGUGCUCUCUCGCCGAUUCGACUUGCUUGAACCUCGAUUACGCCUUACCUGGCACAGAUUUCAGACCUACACCUGAACAGGCUUGGUACAGCAUUGCUGGGGAAGAAUUAUUUGUUGUAUCCCCGUUACGGAUGGCACCACUCUCUACAACAGAGAUUGAAAAGCUGCAGCGUGGCACGGGCAUUGCGUCCCUUGAUCAAGCCCUGGGCAAUAAAGUGAAAUCGGACCCAUUCUCUAAACUCCCACGCGAAAUCACAGAUCAGAUUUUCUCAGCUCUUGAUGACACCUCGCUCAUAGAUCUCUUUAAGGCAUCGUGGGCGCUCCACUCUGCGCAUCACAACAAUCAUGACUUCUGGAUGAGGAGAAUUAAGGACGAAAUGGAAUGGUUCUUCGAGCUCCAUGAAGUUCUCCAAUCACCCGGAUUCUUAGACGGGACUUCGAGCACGAAAGCUGUCUACCUGUGGGCAAAUUUGAAGAGCAAACCACGACUCGGGUUCAAAGGUAAAUAUAUGGGAGUAGCGAACCGCCGUCGGAUAUGGUUCGCCUGUGGGCAGAUCGCCGAGUCUUAUCGAGCGAAGAUUGCUGUUUCAGCAGGCGACGUUGAUGAAUCUAUCGAAGACAAUGCGACAUCCCCCUAUACUUCUAUAGUGUCGUGGCCCACCGCCUCUUCCGACCAACUUUUCGCCCACUCGUUUUGGAUAUCCUCAUGGGACGCCCUCUAUUCCUCCAAGACGUUGGACACGUUCUGGGAUAGUGAAGGCUACCUAACCGGUAUUGCAGUCACCAUUAGUGGCCAGAAACGGCUUUUCGGGUUUGACAACAAAGAACAUGAUUUGCAACAGCGGACACUUGAGUUCCAGAAACAUGAAUGGAUCGCUGAGAUGAUCCUCCAUAUUCCACCGAUAGACCCCUUGGCCCCAAGCGCAUCACACACAUAUCCGAAGGCACCGGGCACCUUCACAGCACCAAAGGGCAUUUCGAUUCGGACAUCAACCGGGGCCACCCUUUCAGUGGGCGAAACUGCUGUCGGCUACUGCCAACGACCGCUCCUGGCUCCUCCGGGCCAGACCGUGGUGGGAAUGGCAGGUAACGUUGGCAUCGUCCAAGGGAAGCCACGCGUCAUUCGGGCGGGACUUCUUCUCUGCCCUAGGUCACUGUCUACAGACUCGCUACUGUCGGAACCUGAAAUCCCAAACCCGCCCCUAUCAGAGACGUUUCUCUGGAUAAAAACCGCCUUUAAGGUCCAAGGGCGCCCUUUGUGGGAGAAUGACCAGCUCCGUUUCCGAAUUUUCGAAGGGGGGCUAGCAAUGCAGCCAGGCGGCUACUUUCAUGACGACAUUGUUCCACAUGACGCAUUUCUCUGGGCUCAGGACCGUUCUCAGCUACAAGCUUUGAAGAAGAUUACCGUUUACAGCGUGCAGACUGGAACGAGGCAGACUGGUGGUUUGAUCAAGAAGACGGAGAUCACAAAGGCUGUAGGCAACAUGCGCGCGGACUUUGACGAUGCCAGUGGCCUUGAUCCGGUGUUUGCUAGAUCUUCCGAGGUGAAUGGAACGCCGAUCCCUGACGACAUGGUGGAAACUUUUGAAAUUGAUGGACCAGGCGGAGAGCGUAUCAUUGAGCUCGCGGGUCGAAUGGGUAUAUAUCUUGAUGCUUUCAAGGCAAGUGACCCCAUAAUUGGACAUUUUAUUGCAAAUGAGACGCAAGUACUAAUUUUGGAGGAAAAGCUACGUACGAAUCGAGGACGCGAGUUCCUAUGGAAGUCUCAGAGUGACGUCGGCGAUGGCUGGAGAUUCCUCACCGUUCCCAAUGGUCACGAGGCAAUUGCCGGGCUGAUCCUUGCUUGGAGUGACCCAUUCGGGUACGAUCCAGCAGGGAAGACUUUUGAUCUGAGGACGCACACCCGAUUGGAUUAUUUGGGGAUUGUAACCAUCGAGUGCGAGGAGUAA